AUGUCGCGUCCAAUCGUUGUUUCGGGUCCCAGUGGAACAGGAAAGUCAACAAUUCUCAAGAAAUUGUUUGACGAGUUUCCUAACGCGUUUGGGUUUUCUGUGUCGUCCACAACGCGUAAACCACGCGAAGGUGAGGUGAACGGUGUACAUUACAAUUUCGUGACGGUGGAACAGUUCCAGCAAAUGAUCAAAGACGGCAAAUUCAUCGAAUGGGCGCAGUUUUCAGGAAACUACUACGGGACAACCGUGGCAUCGGUAAAAGAGGUGAGUCGGGCCGGGAAACGCUGCAUCUUGGACAUUGACAUGCAAGGUGUCAAAGCUGUGAAAAAAACGGAUCUCAACGCGCGGUUUGUGUUCGUGGCUCCUCCUUCCGUGGAAAGUUUGCGCGAUCGUCUUACCGGCCGUGGCACAGAGACUCCAGAAUCGCUCGAAAAGAGACUCGAUGCCGCAACAGCGGAAUUGGAAUACGCUGAAACCGGUGCUCACGACAAGAUCGUUGUGAACGACGUCCUAGAAGACGCGUACCAGAAUUUGAAGGAUUUUGUUUUCGAGGAGUGA